AUGACCGCCGACGUGCACGGUGCGGCAUCGCGAGUCCUCUCCGCAGAGCCCACACGAGACCCCAGCUACAACGAAUUCUCCUUCACACCGUUCCUCCGCCGAAGCUUCGGAUUUGGUCUCGCGAGCGAUGUACCCGUCUGCAAAGCCUAUGGCGAAGGUCACUGCCCCCUGGGGCCUGCCUGUCCCGACCGACAUCCUACUCCCUCGCGAAUCACCACAUCCACCACCACGGCAUCCGGCAUGGCCCCGUCGACCACACAUGGCUCGCUCGUCUGCAAGCAUUUCCUCAAAGGGCUCUGCAAGAAAGGGUUGAAGUGCGAGUAUCUGCACGAAUACAACCUGCGGCGCAUGCCCGAGUGUCAAUCGUUCUCACGAUCGGGGUAUUGCCCCAACGGUGACGACUGCCUCUAUCAACACGUUCGUGAGGAGGCUCGACUCCCCCCCUGUGAGCACUACGAUCGGGGGUUCUGUGAACUGGGCCCCCUCUGCGCCAAACGCCAUGUUCGUCGGACACUGUGCUUGUUCUACCUGGCGGGAUUCUGCCCCGAGGGCAAAGACUGCGCCAACGCGCACCCGCGAUGGACCGAGAACCUGCCGCGGCCGACGAUGCGCACGGAGAAAACGGAGGAGGAACUGGAGCAUGAACGCGCCUUGAUCCGCGAAGAGCAAGAGCGAGAGAAGGAACGCGAGCGGGAGUGGCGGAGUGAGCGAGGCCGGGGUGGUGGUUUCAUGCGUGGCCGCUAUCGCGGUCGUGGAAGGGGGUAA